UCCCGCGGUAACAAUGGCGCUGUUUCGUAGCUUCGCCUCAGCUCAGCUUAGACAGCGAAAAAAACAACAACAGCAACAAGAAGAUGAUCAUGAUGAUGAUGAUCAGGAGAUUGUCGACGCAUUAACCUGCCCCAUCUGUCUGGAAGUUUACACGAAGCCAGUGACUAUUGGAUGUGGACACACCUUCUGCGGCGAGUGUCUGUGGCCGUGUGUGCAGCUCCGCUCUCCGCACUGCGCCCUCUGCCGAUCGCCCUUCGACCCCCGCGGCGCCCGCAGAGCGAGCGACACGGAGCGGCAGCUGGCGGCCCGUGAGGUGCCCUGCAGGGGCUGCUCAAAAAAGGUGAGCCUGGCGAAGAUGCGAACCCACACGGCGUCGUGUCCCAAGGUGGUGGAGCAGAGCUCCACCUUCCCCAAGUUCACCCCCAUCAGCUCCACCACACAGCCCCUACCUUGCGAUGUCCCGAACCGCUGCACGUUCACGUGUCCGUACUGCGGCGCACGGAACCUCGACCAGCCCGGCGUGGUGCGGCACUGCACGGCAGAGCACCGGGAAGACGGCAACCGCGUGGUGUGUCCCAUCUGCGUGUCGAUGCCGUGGGGAGACCCCAACUACCGCAGCUCCAACUUCAUCCAGCACCUGGUCCACAGACACAAAUUCUGCUACGACACCUUUGUGGUAAGCGAAGACAAAGCUCCCCCGUAUCGGCCCGCGAAGCGAUGA